AUGGACCUGCGCCAAAUCGCUUCCAAUGCCACCGCUCUCCACGGCCUCGCCACCAUCGCAGCAGGGCUUCGCUGUAUCCUCUGGCCCCGAACGUUCGCGGCCACAUUCGGUCUCCCACUGGCACUGGACAGCGCGGACGAUUGUUCUUGCUCGUGUUCGUGCUCUUACUCCUCCCCAUCCAAAUCUAGCUCCACCACUCGCUUGGGCGGUCGAGCUCGAACCUCAACGCUCGAAUCACGGCUCGAUCUGAUGAUGGUGGCAGAUGAGCAUCGCAUAGCUGCUAAAGAACACUUCUCGCUAUGCCCGCCCUGUUCGCCCUCCUUGUCAGUCGUGGCCCCGGCCCCCGCCCCCGCGUCGCACUGGCACAAGACCAACCCGUUCGUCGCACUCGUCGGAGUCCGCACCGUCGCCGCGGGACUCUGCCUCGUUGCUUUCUCCGUGCAGAGAAUGCCCCAGGCAACGGGCAUCGUCUUGUGCUGCAAUCUGCUCUCCAUGCUGGGAGACGUCGUGGUAUGUUAUCGGCAAGGGACGCCAGGCUCGACGAGGUCGCAUCUGCUGGCCAGUUCCGUGUCCGCCCUCUUGGGUGGAUACAUGCUGCUGUCG